CCGGCCCCGGCCGAGAUGGAGGUGAGCAUCCUGGCACUGCGGGACCUGGCGAGCGCCCGGCCGGGGCGGCGGGGCCGCGUCGAGGCGGCCCAGAAGGAAAACAUAUUUGAUCGAACCAGGAUGGCCCCAGAGACUCCCAUUAAGAAUGAACCAAUUGAUUUAUCGAAGCAAAAAGGCUGCACACCGGAACGAAAUCCAAUUACACCUGUUAAGAUCACUGACAGACCUCAGCCUGAUCCCUGGACUCCUACUGCUAACCUGAAGAUUCUCAUUAGUGCUGCUAGUCCUGACAUGAGGGACAGGGAAAAGAAGAAAGAGCUCUUCAGACCCAUAGAAAAUAGUGAGCAGAGUGACGUGCCUGAUUCAUUACAGUAUGAUAUAGUAGAUGACAACACGGUUGAUGAAUUUGAAAAGCAGAGACCCAGCAGAAAACAGAAAAGCUUAGGACUCUUGUGCCAAAAGUUUCUAGCUCGCUAUCCAAAUUAUCCAUUGUCAACAGAGAAAACUACCAUUUCUUUGGAUGAAGUGGCUUCAAUUCUUGGGGUUGAGAGGAGACGAAUUUACGAUAUCGUGAACGUCCUGGAGUCAUUGCACUUGGUCAGCCGUGUGGCCAAGAAUCAAUACUGCUGGCAUGGGCGGCACAACCUCAGCCAAACUCUGAAAAUGCUUCAGGAGGCUGGAGAGCUACAGUAUGGAGAGUUAAUGACCUCACAGCACAAGGACCAGGACUUAGAGUACAAAUUUGGAGAAAGGAAAAAGGAAACUAUUCCAGAUUCUCAAGACAGACCAUUUCUGGACUUUUCAGAACCAGAUUGCAGCUCUGCAUCUGCAAACAGCAGAAAGGACAAGUCAUUGCGGAUUAUGAGCCAAAAGUUUGUCAUGCUGUUCCUUGUCUCCAAGACCAAGAUAGUCACUCUGGACAUCGCAGCAAAGAUACUGAUAGAAGAAACCCAAGAUACAGUGGACCACAGCAAAUUUAAAACAAAGGUACGAAGACUGUAUGAUAUCGCGAACGUUCUCACCAGCCUAGGCUUGAUCAAGAAAGUCCAUGUCACAGAGGAACGAGGACGCAAACCAGCUUUCAAGUGGAUUGGGCCUGUGGAAUUCCCUGAAAAGACUGAUGAGCUGAGUGGGCGUAGCCCAACAUCAGACCCUCUGCCGGGGACACAGAGAGAAGCCUCUGUCCAGCACCAGACCAGUGCUACUGGAAAGCAAAGGUUUACACGUCACGCUUCAUUUAACAGUUCACAGCCUUGUGAAGCAACCAGAAGGAAGGUCAGUUCUGAGCCUAACAGCCCACGUCAAGCAAAGCAAGCCUCUAUUGUGAAUUUGGAUGAAAAUUAUUCCAGAAUGAUAAAUCUAGCAGCUGUCUGCAGGCAGAAAAUAGAGGAAGAUACUGGGAAUAAAGCUUGUGACAUCAAAACAAUACUAAAUUCAGCAAAGAACUCCAACACAAGCUUACCUUUGUCCCUUCUUCCGGUUCCUGGGGACUCUGAUUUUUGUGUUAACCCUUUGCCUCAGGCAGUUUUCCCUGUGGUUCAGGCAGAUGUGCCAAGCUUCUCACUACCAAUUGGCAUCAGCAGCCAGGCUUCACACCCUUCCACACCAGCAGCCUCCAAAACAGAAAAUGGAAAACCUGCCCUGGUCCCCAACCAACCCUUCCUGUGCUUCCCAUCUUCACCCCUUUUUAUGUUGUGUGGUGGUAUUCAGGAAAAUAACUCGAGUGAGCUCCUGCCCACUGCAGGAGACCUUGGGAACAGGAGCGCAGAAGCUCAGGCAGCCAUAGCUCCCAGUGUCUGCCAAAAACGCAGCUCCCACAAGUGCUCCUCGCCCUCUGCACCUGUAGAUGAUGAAGAGCCAGCAGCUAAAAAGCAGACGUUGGAACACAGUUUUCUGCCCCUCUCACUUGUAGUACCCAAGGAGCCUUCUGAGUCUCCCAAGGCAGAAUCUUCCCCAGGAAGUGGCUGUUCAGCUGCUGUACAUCUAGAAACGGAUAGUUUUGACCUUGCAAGUCCUGCUGCUCCAGAGGCGGCAAACAAGGAGUCCGUUAAGCCUUUUGAUUGUCAGGAGCAAGAAAAACAAUCUCAGAACAAAGACCCUGAUGAACCCCCUCCAGGAAAUGAGCACAUCUCUAAAGAAAAUGCCAAUCAGCCUUUCCAACCACAGUAUCUUUAUGUUCAGCCUACUGCUGGAUUAAGCAGUUUUAAUUUCCUGUUCUCUGCAAACCAAGCCCCUGGUGCCAUCAGCCUGGCUGCGAACCAGAUGCCUUCUCUAAGUGUACCCUGUGUCAUGGUGCCAUCAGCAGCCUUGGCUUCCUUCCCUCUCGUCUGCUCUCCCUCAUUCACCAGCCCUCUUUCCUCAGCUCCUGAUGGCUCCUUCUCAGCUGCUGCCUCCACAAAUCUCAGUGUAUCCAGCCUGGCAUCAACCACCCCUGUGUUCAUAAGCACCACGGCCGUUGUCACCCCCAAGGUGUCACCUGCACCUUCGGUGGAUCCACAGCAGCUGCCUCACCCUGCUCUGCACCUGAGUCCUGUGCUUACCAGAUCUUGCAGUGCUGUUAAGCUGGACUCCUCUGUGUGUAUGGGACACCCGGUGACCCUUCUGAAGCUGCAGCAGCCUUCGUCAGCUCCUCUCACUCCCAAGAGUAUUCGUCCUGCUCAUCAUGAAGCAUUUUUCAAAACUCCUGGAAGUUUUGGAGACCCUGUGGCAUGGAAGAAAAAUGAAGGCAACCAGACCAGAAAUGCCAGCUCUGUGCAGAGGAGGCUGGAAAUCUCUAGUACCAGCCCUGACUAAUUCCACUCUUUGCAAGGGGUGGGCAGAUUGUCCUCAGACCCUAUAUGAAUUACAAAAGAACAAGCUCUUACCUGGCAAGAGGAGCACGUUAAAAUGUCACCCCUUUUGGCAUGCUUCCCCACUAUCUAUUCACCCACUGGUUCUUCAAAAUUACCCUUGGUACAGAAAUCCUUUUACUGAAUUGUUCCUUCACUACUGAUAUGAAUUCAGAUUGUCUGCUUCACACAGCCUUGUGGGCAUGUGAUUUUAAUUUGGAAAACUCUAUUUAUUUCUGUGAGGAGAUGCAAACGUUCUUUUUAAGUCCCAUGGGGUUCUUUAUUUAUGGUUUUAAGUAAGAUGCCUAGCACUUAUCUGGGGUAAGCAUUUCAAUUGCAUGUACUCUACUUACCCUGAGUAAAUCUGUGGUGAAAAUGAUAAACUUUUGCAGUUGUGAGAGCAACUGCUUCCUUGGUUCCAAUCUGUCAAAUGAUGCCUCUGCAGUGCAGCCUCUUGCUUUUAAUUUUGUAUGUUGGAGUGGGAUUAGUGAAAAAAAGGAUUUUUGCAGUCGAAAAAUAACAGAUUUUCUCAGGGUAGGAUUACUUGAAUGUCAGUUGGUUGUUGUACAAUUUGCCCUGCACUUGUGAUUAGAAAAACCUAAUAAUAACACAGUAUGAUUGAAUGUAUACAUGUGAAAAAUAUUAAGACCAAAAUAACUGUGAAUGUUAACAUUUUUAUAGUUGUGUUAAUGAACUGUA